AUGGAGGCGGGCAUCAAGUGUGAUAUAAGGGUCACCGUGUCACCUUCAGGUCACCUCCAGGUCACCUCCGGGUCACCUCCAGGUCACCUCCAGGUCACCUUCAGGUCACCUCCGGGUCACCUCCGGGUCACCCCCAGGUCACCUCCAGGUAACCCCAGGUCACCCCCAGGUCACCUCCAGGUCACCUUCGGGUCACCUUCAGGUCACCUCCAGGUAACCCCAGGUCACCCCCAGGUCACCUCCAGGUCACCUCCGUGUCACCUUCAGGUCACCUCCAAGUCACCUCCAAGUCACCUCCAGGUCACCUCCGGGUCACCUCCGGGUCACCUUCAGGUCAACUCCGGGUCACCUUCUGGUCACCUCCGGGUCACCUUCAGGUCACCUCCGGGUCACCUCCGGGUCACCUUCUGGUCACCUUCAGGUCACCUUCAGGUCACCUCUGGGUCACCUUCAGGUCACCUCCUGGUCACCUCCGGGUCACCUCCGUGUCACCUUCAGGUCACCUCCAGGUCACCUCCGUGUCACCUUCAGGUCACCGUGUCACCUCCAGGUCACCUCCGUGUCACCUCCGUGUCACCUUCAGGUCACCUCCAGGUCACCUCCGGGUCACCUUCAGGUCACCUCCAGGUCACCUACGGGUCACCUCUGGGUCACCUCCAGGUCACCUUCAGGUCACCUUCGGGUCACCCCAGGUCACCUCCAGGUAACCCCAGGUCACCUCCAAGUUACCUCCAAGUCACCUCCAGGUCACCUCCGGGUCACCUUCAGGUCACCUCCGGGUCACCUGGUCACCUCCGGGUCACCUUCAGGUCACCUCCGGGUCACCUCCGGGUCACCUUCUGGUCACCUUCAGGUCACCUUCAGGUCACCUCUGGGUCACCUUCAGGUCACCUCAGGGUCACCUCCGUGUCACCUUCAGGUCACCUCCAGGUCACCUCCGUGUCACCUUCAGGUCACCGUGUCACCUCCAGGUCACCUCCAGGUCACCUCCGUGUCACCUUCAGGUCACCUCCAGGUCACCUCCGGGUCACCUUCAGGUCACCUCCAGGUCACCUCCGGGUCACCUACGGGUCACCUCUGGGUCACCUCCAGGUCACCUUCAGGUCACCUCCGGGUCACCCCAGGUCACCUCCAGGUAACCCCAGGUCACCCCCAGGUCACCUCCAGGUCACCUCCGUGUCACCUUCAGGUCACCUCCAGGUCACCUCCGGGUCACCUCCGGGUAACCUCUGGGUCACCUCCAGGUCACCUCCGGGUCACCUCCGGGUCACCCCCAGGUCACCUCCAGGUAACCCCAGGUCACCCCCAGGUCACCUCCAGGUCACCUUCGGGUCACCUUCAGGUCACCUCCAGGUAACCCCAGGUCACACCCAGGUCACCUCCAGGUCACCUCCGUGUCACCCUCAGGUCACCUCCAGGUCACCUCCGGGUCACCUCCAGGUCACCUUCAGGUCACCUCCGGGUCACCUCCUGGUCACCUCCGGGUCACCUUCAGGUCACCUCCGGGUAACCUCCGGGUCACCUUCUGGUCACCUUCAGGUCACCUUCAGGUCACCUUCAGGUCACCUCCUGGUCACCUCCGUGUCACCUCCGGGACACCUCCAAGUCACCUCCGGGUCACCUCCAAGUCACCUCCGGGUCACCUCCAGGUCACCUCCAGGUCACCUCCAGGUCACCUUCAGGUCACCUUCAGGUCACCUCCGGGUCACCUUCUGGUCACCUUCUGGUCACCUUCAGGUCACCUCUGGGUCACCUCUGGGUCACCUGGUCACCUCCGGGUCACCUCCGGGUCACCUUCAGUGCGCGGCCACGUCGGAUAUACCCGAAGGUAUAUCCGACAUGCUGUAUAUCAGCAUGCUGGUAUGGCAGCCUGUCAGUCGGGUUGGUGCCGGUGUGGGAUCUGGAAGAAGAGAUGGUGCCCAAAUGGCCGCAGAAAAGGCGGGAGAGCCGGUGACAUCGACUGAAGCAUAG